GUCGGGGGCUCCGUUUCUCGCAUCUUUCUUUUACAAGCUUUCAUUGAAAAAAAAAAAAAAAAAGGGAAAAAAAUCGUAUUGUAGAGUCUUCUGAUUUUUCAAUCCUCUUUAUUUCUUGAUCAUUUCGAGAUUUCGAUAUCUGGAAAGAGAUAGAGAGAGGAAAAUGGCGGGAAACGGGAACGGAUUCAGUUUCUCGAAUGGGAGCGUUGGAAGCAACGGUCUGGCGAAGAUCCAGACGCAUAAGAAACAGAACGGGAUUUGUCACGACGACAGCGCUCCGCCCGUGAAGGCCCAGACAAUCGACGAGCUGCAUUCGCUGCAGAAGAAGAAAUCGGCACCGACUACGCCAAUUAACGGAGCGCAAGGGGCUUUCGCUUCCAUUUCUGAAGAGGAUCGCCAAAAGCAGCAGCUGCAGUCCAUCAGUGCGUCUUUGGCAUCGCUAACGAGGGAGACGGGCCCAAAGGUAGUGAAGGGGGACCCAGCAAAGAAAUCCGAACCGUCCAAGGUCGCGCACGUUAGCCAUCAUCACUUCACUCCGACUCUCAACAUAAGCGACAGCGCCUUAAAGUUCACCCACAUCCUCUACAACCUCUCUCCUGCUGAGCUGUAUGAGCAAGCUAUAAAAUACGAGCACGGCUCAUUUAUAACAUCGAGUGGUGCAUUAGCCACGCUAUCGGGAGCUAAGACAGGCCGUUCUCCUAGGGAUAAACGUGUUGUUAGAGAUGAGACCACGGAAGACGAUCUUUGGUGGGGAAAGGGCUCACCCAACAUUGAAAUGGAUGAGCACACUUUUUUGGUGAAUAGAGAAAGGGCAGUCGAUUAUUUGAAUUCAUUGGACAAGGUCUUCGUGAACGAUCAGUUCUUGAACUGGGAUCCACAACAUCGGAUCAAAGUCCGAAUCGUAUCCGCCAGAGCUUACCAUUCCUUGUUCAUGCACAACAUGUGCAUCCGUCCUACACCUGAAGAGCUGGAGGAUUUUGGUACGCCAGAUUUCACCAUAUACAAUGCCGGGCGGUUCCCAUGCAACCGUUACACACAUUACAUGACGUCGUCGACAAGCAUAGAUCUUAACCUUGCUAGAAGGGAAAUGGUCAUUCUCGGCACGCAGUAUGCUGGGGAGAUGAAGAAGGGCCUUUUCAGUGUAAUGCACUACCUCAUGCCGAAGCGACAAAUCCUAUCCUUACAUUCAGGCUGCAACAUGGGGAAAGAUGGUGACGUCGCACUAUUUUUUGGAUUAUCAGGCACGGGGAAGACGACUCUGUCCACUGAUCACAACCGGCUUCUGAUCGGUGACGAUGAGCACUGCUGGAGUGAGAAUGGCGUGUCGAACAUUGAAGGGGGUUGCUAUGCAAAGUGCAUCGAUCUAUCGAGGGAGAAAGAGCCUGAUAUUUGGAAUGCCAUCAAAUUCGGCACAGUGCUUGAAAAUGUGGUGUUUGAUGAGCACACUCGAGAGGUGGAUUAUUCAGACAAGUCUGUAACAGAAAACACACGGGCUUCUUACCCAAUCGAGUACAUCCCAAAUGCGAAGAUGCCAUGCGUUGGACCACACCCGAAGAAUGUCAUCCUUCUAGCUUGUGAUGCGUUCGGCGUCCUUCCGCCUGUGAGCAAGCUGAGCCUGGCACAGACCAUGUACCACUUCAUUAGUGGCUACACUGCUCUGGUUGCUGGAACGGAAGAAGGCAUUAAGGAGCCACAGGCGACGUUCUCGGCCUGCUUUGGGGCUGCCUUUAUAAUGCUUCACCCCACCAAGUACGCAGCAAUGCUGGCUGAGAAGAUGCAGAAGCACGGGGCCACCGGGUGGCUAGUCAACACUGGAUGGUCUGGCGGAAGGUAUGGUUCAGGCAAACGAAUUAAGUUGCCAUUCACGCGGCGAAUCAUCGAUGCCAUACACUCUGGUAGUCUUUUGAAUGCAAAUUACACCAAGACAGAAGUGUUCGGCCUGGAUAUCCCAAGGGAAGUCGAGGGCGUGCCUUCGGAGAUCUUAGAUCCAAUGAACACUUGGGCAGACAAGAAGGCUUACAAGGACACUCUGUUGAAGUUGGGUGGACUGUUCAAGAAGAAUUUCGAAGGCUUUGUGAAUUACAAGAUUGGCAAGGACAACAAGCUCACUGAGGAAAUUCUUGCAGCUGGUCCUGUCUUCUGAGAGAGAGAGAGAGAGAGAGAGAGAGAGAGAGAUUUAACUGGUUCUCAAUCAUUUUAUAACAUCUGUUUGUGCAAGUUAAUUUACCAAUUUUACAUGAAGAAUGAUCUUUUGGGCAUGUUUGGGUGCCACUUAAAAAUGCAUUGAACUCAUUUUUCUAGUCCACAAGGUGACUAUUGCAA